UUUAUUAGGCUGAGGGUCAUCACAUGAGGUUCACACUCUUAGUUCCUAACUACGCUCCCAAGGUUGCUCACCCGGGUGACAUAUCUGGCUGAAGUCAGAUCCAGUCUCUAACAGAAGUCUCCAAUUCGAGGGUCAGGAUCCUGGGAGAUUCUCCAGCCCCAGGGCAGAUCAAAGUGGUCUCUCUCCAGGUGUACAGUACAGAGCCUUGCUCUUGGUCUCUGCUUAUAUCCUGUCCAAUGGACGUCGUGGGGUCCUAGGACUGUCUGGUUAUCUAGAGUGAGGGAUGUCAGUGGGUUCUGGUUAUCAGGUGCAGCCUUGGAAGAAGUGGAGUUCUAAGCUAUUUUUCUGACUAAGCUAUUUUUACCAGUCAAAAGGUAUUUUUUUUUAACCAUGCUUAUUACAGUGUGCUUGGGGGUGGGGAGGUGUGUGUGUAGACACCAGGGGUCAACACGGAGUGCUCCAUCUUAUCCUUUUCAUGAACCGGGGUCUUUCUCUGAGACUGGAGCGCACAGGCUUGGCAAGAGCAGCCAGCCAGAAGCCUCAGCCCUCAUCCUGUCCCUCUCCCCAAAGCUAGGAUUACAGCUGUUAACCAACACACCCUCUUUAUGUUGAUGCUGAGGAUCCAACCCGGGCCCUCAUGCUUGUCCAGUAAGCACUUUACAAAAUGAAUUAUCUCCGCAGCCUCACAUAUAAACCCAGGCUUUUUUGACAGAAGAAUUAUUUAAGGUUUAAAGAAGAUGGGAAAAAAAUAAAAAAGAUUCAAAGCUUCCUCUACCGAAACUCGCCCACCAUCCCCCCCCCCCAAAAAAAAAAUGGCCACAAAAUCGUGGGUCAGCGUAUGUGUGAAGAGCAGCUGGGGCACAGAAAAGUCUGAGUGUUCCUGCAGAGAAGAGCUGUAGGCUGAUCUACAGGAAACUUGGACUGAGAACUCACGAGGAGUCCCAAGUCGGGCAGAGGUUAAUGACUGAAAGGGUGCGGGCGCCAGCAGGCAGCAGGGAGCGCUCGCAGCCUCAGCGGCUCCCCGUCGCCCCGGACUCUCCGGAACAAGUUCUGGAAGUAGGUGCAGACUGUCGCUGCUCGACCGGCCUCCCGCCUUUCAACUGUCACCUCCCCCAGCAAAGUUCAACCCAACCCCCGCCUGACCCAUGCAGAAAGCGAGACUGCUGCUAGGUGGCUGGACUCGAGCGUGGAAGUCGGUGAGGAUGGCCAGCUCCGGGGUGACUCGCCGAAACCCGCUAGCGAAUAAGGUGGCCCUGGUCACGGCCUCCACCGACGGGAUUGGCUUCGCCAUUGCCCGACGACUGGCUGAAGAUGGGGCCCAUGUAGUCAUCAGCAGCCGCAAACAGGAGAAUGUGGACCGUGCAGUGGCAACACUACAGGGAGAAGGGCUGAGUGUUUCUGGCAUCGUGUGCCAUGUGGGGAAGCCAGAGGAUCGAGAAAGGCUGCUAACCACGGCUGUGAAGCUUCAUCAAGGUAUUGAUAUCCUGGUCUCCAAUGCUGCUGUCAAUCCUUUCUUUGGAAACCUAAUGGACACCACGGAGGAGGUGUGGGACAAGGUUCUGAGCAUUAAUGUGAAAGCGACAGCCAUGUUGAUAAAAGCGGUGGUGCCGGAGAUGGAGAAACGAGGAGGCGGCUCGGUGGUGAUUGUGGGGUCCGUGGCAGCCUUCACUCGAUUCCCUGCUCUAGGCCCUUACAAUGUCAGUAAGACAGCUUUGCUGGGUCUUACUAAGAACUUCGCUGCGGAGCUGGCAUCAAAGAACAUUAGAGUGAACUGCUUGGCACCUGGACUCAUUAAGACUCAUUUCAGCAGUGCGCUAUGGAAGGACGGAUCAAGAGAGGACGUCAUAAAAGAAUACUUGCAAAUUAGAAGGCUAGGCAAACCAGAGGACUGUGCGGGCAUAGUUUCUUUCUUGUGCUCUGAAGAUGCCAGUUACAUCAAUGGCGAGACAGUAGUGGUUGGAGGAGGAACCCCUUCUCGCCUCUGAGGACCAAGAGAAACAGCAGAGGUUAACUCCAACUGGUGGGGGUGGGGGUGCAAUCCACCUUGCCUCUGUCACCCUUCCUUGCCGCUGACUAAUUUUUUUCACCCCACAAAAUCAGCUCUACCAGAUAAUAAAUUCCUGGCUUCUCUGUGGUCAAGAUGUGAUCAUAUGAGCAUUCCUGUUGUUGCUAUGGCCUUGUAAAAGGCUUUGCGUCGGGGAGGAGGGGUUAGGGGGAUGGAAAGGGACUUGCUGAGAAGACCAUGGCUACCUUGAUAAAGACCAAGUCCCCCUCCACCGUCUCUGGAGAAUUUGAGGGGAGAUAGAAGGGACCCGGAGUGGAAGGAACAGAAAUGGAAAUUGACCAUUUACA